AUGGCCUAUGCAGACGUUCUUCCUUACACCACGCCAAAAUAUGAGUUCAACGGAAUCCGGCAUUUGCUCCAGAUUCUGGAGAGGCCAGGGGAGGAAGAUGAGCAAUGUGAAGGCUAUAUGGAGUCAUGUAACCCAUAUAUUAUUUUUACUAUUGAUGAGCGUUCCUUCCUCGAUUGUUUGGUUGAAUCAAGAUCCCUCGGAAAAUCUUGGGAGUGUUAUGACCCUUCCAUUAACGAGCUUCUCAUCAAAAUCAUGGAGCCCGCACCUCAUGCACUAGGAACUACUGCUUUCGCUGACAUAUUCCACGCAUGGAGAGGGCCGUACAACCCAGUCUAUCCGCUUGAACCCACAGGAACAAUGAUAUUUCGAGGUAAUUCAAACAAGAAGAAACGUGCCGAUUGUUCAUGGAGGCCGGAACAUCCAGGGCUCGACAUGAAAUGGCCAACUAUCGCAGUCGAGGUCGUAUACACAGAGACACCGGGGAAGAUGAUGAAAGACGUGGGAUUCUGGUUGAACGACUGUUCUGGACAGGUGAAUAUCGUGCUUACAGUAAAGAUACAUAGGCGCGGAAAUAUAUCCAUUCAACAAUGGAAGAUGGGCGCUGGCACUCCAGUCUCCGUUCAGAAACUGGAGAUCUCAAAGAAUCCCGCGCCAAAGUGUGAAAAGAUCCAGGGGAGCAUGCAACUCUCCUUUGAAGAGAUCCACCUCAGGCCAAAAGGGCCAAAUGACAGACUUUAUUAUUAG